UUUUUAGUGAGCACAUCCUAUUGCCACUCUUUUUUUUUCUCACACAUCCAUCUUUUCUUUCUUUCAUCCCUCUUCCUCUAAGCAUUUCUCUUUCAAUCUUCACAUUAACGCCAACAUUCUUGCUCAGUUCACUUUAAUCAAAUUCGCUCUUUGCUGAUUUACUGACAAUUACUUUUUUUUUUUUUUUUUUUUUUUUUUUUUCAGUACGCAAUUAAACCAAGAUGACUCAAAAAAUUAAGCUCUUUUGUAUUCUCGACGGCGACUCUUCCGCAUUUGAAGUCCAAUUGGAUGCUGAUGACUCAAUUGCUGCUCUCAAAAAAGCAAUCAAGAAGGAAAAAGAAAACGACUUCCGAGAGAUUGAUGCCGACAAAUUGAAUCUCUUUCACAUCUCUGUUCCUGAUGAGGGCGCUACAAUCAAUCUCGCCAAUAUUGAAUCAAAGGAGCUACUCACCAGAGCAACAAGCGAGAUCUCUGAGGUCUUUGGUUCUGCUCCAGCGAAGAAAACCAUACACGUCAUUAUUCAGCGGCCAUCACAAGGAUCCUUUGCAGGUCCAAGAGCUUUAGAACUAAAUGAUGAGGAUGACUCUGGCUUGAGAGAAUCAAGAAGGAAUUCUUCCAGGGAAAGGUCAAGCAAUUCCUAGAAUCAUACGCCAAUGGUGACCUUAAACUUCCACUGACUGGGGGAGUUGUGUCAGGUCUUCCGAAAGUCCCUAGGAGAGGAGCGCCAAGCGAGAAAAAAGAAUGGCCAAGUCUUCUUCUCCUUAGCCCAUCGACAUCUCUCAAUAACACUAUAUACCAUCCAUGUGAAGAGG